UCUCUCUCUCUCUCUCUCUGCGUGUUCACUCAGCAGGAAGGAAUCAGUCUCUUCAUGAAGAAACACACUCCUCCUCUGGCUCGCGCGGUCACGCAGGAAUCUUCCUCCUUACUCAAAUCCACUGAUCCCGAAGUUCUUCAUCUUUGUUUCCUCCGGUGUUUUGGCUGCAGCAUGAACUCUGAAUGCAGCAGCUACCACAACACAGCCGGUGUGUUUGUGGAGGGGUUCUCCUGCCCCAAACCAGGAAACGCGGCUUUUGCGGUCUACUGUUGUGGCUUUAACGAUGUUAAGUACUGCUGUGAUGACCCCAACAGUUUUUUUCCGUAUGAGUACGGAUACAUGUGGUGGCUGAGUAUUGGUGCCAUGGUUGGUCUGUCUAUUGCGGCGGUAGUCCUCCUCGCCUUCCUCAUCACUGUUUGUGUCCUCUGCUACCUCUUCAUUGUUACCAAACCCAGUCGCCUUGACAACGGGCUUGCUCUUAGAGCACCAGCAGAUCCCAGUGAGGGUCCCAGUCAUGUGAGAGUGACCAGCACAUCCGGUCUGCAGGGAUUCAGAAAGCACUUAGCGAGCAGAAAAGUGGACUCGGAUAAUGAAUCAUCAGACCCCGAGCGGCUUUUCCAGAGGUGUUUCACGGCUACAGUUACUGGCGUGAAGGUGGAAAGUCCUUCAUAGGCCACUUUGAAACCUUUUUUGUUCAAGAACUGGACCAGUGAUCGGCCAGGAGUGGAAGGAAUGCAACAGGAACUGACUUGAUAUGCUGUAAAAUGGAAUAAUUACUAUGUGAUCACAAUCAUUGGUCAACCAAAAAAACAUUCCAAAAAUCUGUUUUUGGCCCCUCAUAAGUGGAAGUGAAUCAUUUGUCUUUUGGAAAUGAGCACAUUCUUGACUUUGCUGAAUCAUUCAGACUCUUGCAGUAGCAGGCAAAACAAGGUUAUUCCAAAGCACAUGUCAUGUUCAAGACUAACCAAGUGUUUUACAUAAAAAGAAGCAUUACAACAAGAUGCAGAAGAAUCAUUAAAAGGACAAUUUAAACAAACUAAAAGGAAUCAAACAGAUGAAAUCGACACAGGACAAGCAAAAAUAAAGAAAUGGAAAACAAAAUACAUGCAGUGAGGUGGACAUCAUCAUCAUCAUCAUCGUCACCAUCAUCGUCAUCAUCAUCGUCACUGUACAUAUGCAAGAAAAUAUAUAUAUAUGUUAAAAAAAAAAAACUCUACGAGUUUCUCUCUCAAAUCUCAAGUGUUACCAUCCUGAUUACUCUCAGAAAUGACUGUUUUCUGUAAACAGAGGGAUGAUGCAGACCAUGGACAAAGACUAGUAUCUAAUCUCAGGGACUCUGUAGGAGCCUACAGUGUUACGAGACUGUCCUGACAAACUUAAAAAUAAAGACUAUCAGCUGUUUCUUCAGACACUUUAAAUGACAUGUUCACAAUUUCCAUAUAAACAUCCAACUGAUGAUGUGGAAAGUAGGCUGGAGCACGUCUAACUGAAGUAAUUUCUCUCACACCAGAAGUCAAAAGAAGUCUCUUUGACACAUUAUCACAUUAUUUUUUCAUGAAUUUAACCAACCAUAAACCUGGUAUUCUCCUUAAUGUGUUUAUUACCAUUAAUGAAGUUGUUGUCCUAAGAAGUGUACUCACUUCAUGAGUACACGAGGUGAUGAUGUCAGCGGUCAGCUGACAGCACAGUAAAAAAGCAAAUAACUGUGAAACAUGAAUAAAUCCAUCAGCUAUAAGGAGAAAAGCACAGGCUGUCUGAGCUAAGACUGGAACAGAAACUAGCUGCAUAGACAUAAAUCAUUACAAUAACGAUCUUCAUUCAUUUUAAUAGAUAAAGUUUAGGGGAACCACAAAACGGUCAAGUUUACCUCAACUUUAUGUAACCAGUAUUGUGCAAAUUUCAUAUGUGAUUUUAAUGUAUUUACAUAACUUUAAUUGUGUUUACUGUGACAGAGGGAGGUUUGUGAUUGUUAUUAUAAUUAUUAUUAUUAUUAUUAUUAUAGUAUUGUAAUAUUAUAUUAUAUUUAUGUUAUUAUUAUUAUGUGUUAUCAUGUUAUUGUCACACAAAGAGAACUGAACCCAAGGAAGAGAUGAGCGGAGCUGAAGAUGGUUUCUGAAGUUCUGGGGUCAGAUGAUGUAGUGAGCGGGCAGCAGGUUCCAGUAAAGAAGCAGCAAUGUUUAUGGGCAAAAAAAACUUUAGAAGAGCAGAACACUCAGUUUAGUUGACACGAAAUACAUA